AGAACCGCAAAAGUAUAUGAACGAAUACACCCUUUGGACAAAGAAAGCACGAAGACAGAAAGAGAGAGAGAGACACACACUAAGAGAGUGAGAGAGAGUCUGAGACCCCCCCACCACCCAUAUUUCCUCAACACUAAUUAUUAAAAGUAUUGAAAAAAAGUUAACGAAUUUGGAGAAUUUCGCGAAAUGGAAUUCGAGGAUCAAGAGGAGCAGGAGGAGGAGCUGUGUAUGGGUGGUGGAGCGGGCUACGAUCCGACCCAGAUGAAGAUUCCGGUUGCGGCGGAGCCGGUGAGGAGCAGCAGCAGCAACGGCGGUGGCUGCGGAAGGGCGAGGUACAGGGAGUGUUUAAAGAACCACGCCGUCGGAAUCGGAGGCCACGCGCUCGACGGCUGCGGCGAGUUCAUGGCGGCGGGGAUGGAGGGUACGCUGGACGCGCUGAAAUGCGCCGCGUGCAGCUGCCACCGCAACUUCCACCGCAAGGAGGCGGAUUCCUCCGCCGUGGUCUCCCUCUCCGGCGGGGACCCGUACUUUCUUCCCCAUCAUCACCACCACCACCACCCUCCGCCGCCGCAGUUUUCGGGGUACUACCGGCAUCCGGCGGGGUACCUUCACAUGGGGGGACAACUCCGUUCGGCGGUGGGGGGGACGCUGGCGUUGCCGUCGACGUCCGGCGGCGGAGGAACUCAGAGCACGCGUGAGGACCAGGAAGACAUUUCGAACAACCCUAGUGCAGGAGGAACAGGGUCCAAGAAACGGUUCAGAACAAAGUUCACAGUUGAACAAAAGGACAAAAUGCUUGAACUUGCUGAGAAACUAGGGUGGAGGAUUCAGAAACACGACGAGGCUGUGGUCCAAGCCUUCUGCGACGAAACUGGUGUCAAGCGUCACGUUCUCAAGGUUUGGAUGCAUAACAACAAGCACACCCUCGUUUGUUACAACGGUGGUGCAUGAAGCGUUUGGAACCUUUUUUUUCGGGUGGAUGAUAUCAACUAUAAAGAUGAAGGUGAUGACGAGGAGGUUUAAUUAAGAUGGCAUUUAGUUUGUUUGUCUAUUCUGAUACUAUGAUGAUAACUCUAUCCUAAGACAGAUGUAGGAACUAGGAAGCAGAAACUUCCUCGGUAGCAUCAAUGCGUUCUCAUCACACUCACCUGCAUUUUCCGUUUUUCAUGUCUUUCAUUCAAUUCCUCUCUCUCUCUUCUUCUUCGGCUAACGGCAAGCCUUUUGGGUCACACCACGCACUGAAAAAAAGUGAGAGAAAUCCCCGUGCUAGUGUCUCAUUUCAGCAUCUCCGUCAUGCAUUUUCAAUUUUUCAGCUGAAACCUAUUUGUUUUUCUUGCCUCCUUUACUUGACGUGUUUUAAUUUUGAUUUAUACUAUAAAGGAAAUAUAUAAUUUAUACUAUAUAAGAUAUAAGUGGUUUAGUUGGCAGGUGUUUGUAACCCAUAGACGGUAUAGGGCAUUAAUUAUUUGAUGGGGGUAGAAUGUAUAUUGAAUUUCUUUGCUUUUUAUUUUCCCAAACGAGCUAGAAAUCAGAAACACUUUCAUAAGUUGUUAUAUGUUGAAUUCACUGUGGAGGAGAUUGAACAGGAACCAGUUUGUUUGUAUUAGUAUGGUUGCGUCUUCCUUUCUUCAUCAUGACCUGGGGUCUGAGCGAGGAAAGUGACUGUUGUAAUUAAUGUUUUAUUUUAUUGCAUGCGAGUUUUGUGAAGUUUCUGAAGCAUUAUUUUGUAAUGUUUUCUUUUGUCUUGGGGGAAAGCAAAUUUGGAAGACUCAAAUCCUUAUGCGUGGGGUAUAAAUUCAUGUUGGGGGAAAUAAUUCAA